CUCGGCAGCUGCUGCCCGGAUCUCUACAGGUGGCUGCGGGCUGGGGAGGGGGGUAGAAAGGGGCUGUGGGGGUCAGGGAGCGGCUGGAGGGGCUGAGGGCUGCGGGGGGCUCGGAGAUGGUGGAGGGAACCCAUCCUGAGCAAAGCUUCCCGGUGCUCAGGCAAGUGAUGCGGGGAUUCGGUCCUCAGAUCUGCCCCUUAACUGCUGCAGCAGCCUCAGGUGCUUCCCCACAUUGCUGCAGAGGAGGAAGGUCUUUCUUUCCCAUGGUUUCUCUGUGCUCCUGGAGCAGCGCUCACCACUCAGCCCAUCCCACGGUGGGCUCAGGGAGCUGUGCUGGGUGCUGCUGCUGGGGGUCCGGGCAGCGUCCCACUGCAGUGCUGUGAUUUGUGUGCUGGGGGAUUGGGGCCACGUUGCAUGUCUGGGAGCAAAGGGGUCCAGGCUGGAGCCUCAGUGCCGGGGUGUGGGCUGUCAGCCCUGUGCAGCGUUACGGCCCUGCUUCUGGGCUCUGCUUCAGGCCCAGACAAAGCUUUGCCCAUCACCCAUCGCCACAAAGAGCGGCGCGGUGCUGGACUACCAAACCUCGCAUGGCAAGUGGAAGCAAACGGGGUGGGGGUCACCUAAUGAGCCCUCAUGUGGGACGUAUACAGGGACAACACACGGCAGCUGUGCCCUCCUUGCUGCCCCUCAACCCAGGUGAGGGCCUCCUGCUGGGAGAGGACGUGGUGGGGGCACGCACGUUGGCACAGCAGUGAGGGGGACACUGCUCGUGGCCAAAGAGCCUAAAGCAGCUCCAGGCUGAUGCUGGUGAAGAGACAGCGGGGGAGGAAACCCCCCGCCCUGCGUCUCAGUCCUUAACAAAUAACUUGUGUUUCACUGCUUUGCUUUUGUUGGGCUGGCACCAGCGUUUGUUGCCGGCCAUUGCCAUGCGCACCGCGCCGUUGCCGUCCCGCGCUCACUGCCAGCUGGCCAAACCCAGCAGCACUUGUGCUGAAGGGAAGAAGUGUUCCCAGCUCUGGUGGGUGCUGAGAGAGGGACUGACGGGCCGACCGAAAAGGCUGGAAGGACUGCAGCCCCGCUGAGUUAAGGAGUCGCACGUCCAGGAUCAAGGAGUGCCCGUGACCCCCUGAGCCCCACGCCAGCCCCGGGUGGCAGGAGGUGCCCCACGAGCCCACGGAGCCCAGCAGCUCAGAGCUCUUGUCGAGUCAAUGAGGGACCUGCACAAGUCUAGCGUGCUGGGGAGCAAGCACGGCAGCCUGAUGUCAUGGCGCCCGCAGUACCGCAGCUCCAAAUUCCGCAAUGUCUACGGGAAGGUGGCGAGCCGGGAGCACUGCUUCGAUGGCAUCCCCAUCACCAAGAACGUGCACGACAAUCACUUCUGCGCCGUCAAUGCCCGCUUCCUCGCCAUCGUCACCGAGAGCGCCGGCGGCGGCUCCUUCCUCGUCAUCCCACUCGAGCAGACAGGCCGGAUCGAGCCAAACUACCCCAAAGUCUGCGGCCACCAGGGCAAUGUGCUCGACAUCAAGUGGAACCCCUUCAUUGAGAACAUCAUUGCCUCGUGCUCUGAGGACACCUCGGUGCGGAUAUGGGAAAUCCCAGAGGGGGGCCUGAAGAGGAACAUGACAGAGGCAGUACUGGAGCUGUAUGGGCACAGCCGGCGCGUUGGCUUGGUCGAGUGGCAUCCCACCACCAACAACAUCCUCUUCAGUGCUGGCUAUGACUACAAGGUCCUCAUCUGGAACUUGGACAUCGGGGAGCCCGUCAAGAUGAUCGACUGCCACACAGAUGUCAUCCUCUGCAUGUCCUUCAACACAGACGGCAGCCUGCUGGCCACCUCCUGCAAGGACAAGAAGCUGCGGGUGGUGGAGCCGCGCUCCGGCCGGGUGCUGCAGGAAGCCAGCUGCAAGAACCACCGUGUCAACCGCGUGGUCUUCCUGGGCAGCACGAAGCGGCUGCUCACCACUGGGGUCUCGCGCUGGAACACAAGGCAAAUCGCACUCUGGGACCAGGAAGAUCUCUCCAUGCCCCUCAUUGAGGAGGAGAUUGAUGGGCUCUCGGGGCUGCUCUUCCCUUUCUACGAUGCAGACACUCACAUGCUGUAUUUAGCUGGCAAGGGUGAUGGCAACAUUCGGUACUAUGAGAUUGGCUCAGAGAAGCCCUACCUGAGCUACCUGAUGGAGUUUCGCUCCCCGGCCCCACAGAAAGGACUGGGGGUGAUGCCGAAGCAUGGUCUGGACGUGUCUGCCUGUGAGGUCUUCCGCUUCUACAAGCUGGUCACCCUGAAGGGGCUCAUUGAGCCCAUUUCCAUGAUUGUGCCAAGGAGGUCAGAGACGUACCAAGAGGACAUUUACCCCAUGACCCCAGGCACAGAGCCGGCCCUCACACCAGACGAGUGGCUGAGCGGGGUGAACAGAGACCCCAUCCUGAUGUCGCUGAAGGAGGGCUACAAGAGAACGUCCAAAAUCGUCUUCAAGGCGCCGGUGAGAGAGAAGAAGAGCGUGGUGGUGAAUGGCAUUGACCUGCUGGAGAAUGUGCCACCCCGCACUGAGAAUGAGCUCCUUCGGAUGUUCUUCCGGCAGCAGGAUGAGAUCCGGCGGCUGAAGGACGAGCUCUCGCAGAAAGACAUUCGGAUCCGCCAGCUACAGCUGGAGCUGAAGAAUUUACGCAACAGCCCGAAGAAUAAUUAACUUCCAGGGACGUUUUAUAAAUAAACUCUCUUUGUUUAUACUCGCUCUUUAAUUUUAUUGUAUCCACUUACACAGAAUACGAGCCAGAAGUCAAGUGACCUGCCAAGAGCCCACUGCUAACUGGAAACACGUCCUCGUCGCCUCGUCUGUGCUCAACGUGGCCGCGCUGCAGCUCCAGCACAAAGGGGAGCUGGGUGCACCGGCUGCCCCGGAGCUGGCAGGAGGGCACCGUGGCUCCUCGCUAUUAAUUUUUUUUCCUAUGCAAAAUGUGACAGAGAUUCCCGUGGCUGCUAAACUGGAAUUGGGUUAGCGCAGCACAGGAGCUGCAAAUGGUAUUUGUGCGCGUGGCCGCGCAGCAUUUCCUUUAAAAGAAAUAAAAAUACUGAGAGCAGCACGGCUGGAUGUCCUAACCAGAGAGGGAUUUUUGCUCCUUUCCCUCCACAGAGGGACAUGACCUCCUCCUUUGCCCCCAGACAAGUGUGGGUGCCUGGAUAGGGGCGUGAGGGCGCAGCACACACACAUGUACAAUCACAGGUUGUGAUUUAGGCCUUUAGCGCACAGAAAGACACCAAAUACUGCUAGUUUCUCUCUUUUCACUAAAUCAAGUCGCUGAGCCGCCUAGCACUACCUGUGCAAUGGUUUCUCCCUGUCAAUUUACGUUGUGCCCCAUACCCGACGCUUCCCUGUCCUUACGUUCCAUGUGCUGUCAUUGCCUAUUAUUUAUGCUAUCACAGACUAGUGACAAAAUAAAAUGUUUUCAAGAUAGCAAAA